CGCCCUUCCUGGGAGCACAUAUCCGGUGUCCUCUGGGGAGUAGAGGAGCCAACUUCAGGACUGAUUGGCCAUGACUUCCAUAAAGGAGCAGGCAGCAAUUAGCCGGCUCUUGAGUUUUUUACAGGACUGGGACAAUGCCGGAAAAGUCGCAAGGAGUCACAUCCUCAACAAUUUCAUUGAAACAAACCAAGGCAAGACUGCCCCUGAACUGGAGCAGGAGUUUUCCCAGGGAGCCAGCUUGUUCCUGGUACGCUUGACCACCUGGCUUAGACUCACUUACAUGACUGGCUCGUGCUUAGAGAAGCUUUUAAGGUCCAUUGGCAUCUUCUUAUCAUCUGUAAGCAGUAAUCGGUACCUUACAGAAUUUCUUGAGGUUGGAGGCGUCCUAACACUCUUGGAAAUACUUGGGCUGGAGAAGGUCAAAGAGGAGGACAAGAAGGAAUCCAUCAAGCUACUUCAGGUUAUUGCAAACUCUGGCAGGAAGUACAAGGAGCUCAUUUGUGAAAGCUAUGGUGUACGGGCUAUAGCAGAAUUUUUGGCAAAGUCUGAGUCAGAAGAGACCCAGGAAGAAGUGCAGGUUCUGUUGGAUUCUUUGGUCCACGGUAAUCCCAAAUACCAGAAUCAAGUGUACAAAGGCCUGAUAGCGUUACUGCCCUCUGUAUCCCCGAAGGCUCAGCAGUUGGCCCUGCAGACUCUCAGGACUGCCCAGUCAAUUGUUGGAACCACUCACCCCAGCAUCGUGUACUGCGUGCUGAACGUGCUGCGCACCAUGCACCUGGAAGUCCAGUACGAAGCCAUCGAGCUGAUCAAGGACCUGGUCAACUAUGAUGUGUGCUCUGAGCUGCUCAAGGGCCUGGUGGACCUGCUGAUACCAUCUGUCAAGGAGACCAGCACACUACAGCCCAAGAUCCUCAAUGACUCUACCGUCCUCCAGCUCAACACCCACCUGCCGGUGUUUCUGCAGCAGGCCGCCGCGGCCAAGGCCAUCGGGGUCCUGGCACGCAGCAGCACGAGCCUGGCCGAGAAGAUGCUGCACCUGCGUGUGGUGCACAACCUGAUGGCCGCCAUGGGCAACACAGACCACAGCAACAGCCAGCGGCAGGCCAGCCUCACGCUGGAGUACUUCGUGGGGUUGUUCCCGGUGGUGGAGGAGCGUGUGCAUCGGUCCAUGGGGGAGGAACUCUACAAGCUCUUCCUCAGCAACGCAGAGGACUUGUACAUGAAAAUAGAUAGCGUUCAGGUGGACAUCUUGGCAACUAACAAAGUCAAUGUUACCACAGAAUUAUACCGCAGUGGCCUCUUCUACGGCAACAGGAGCUUUUACUUUGGCUCUCAUGAUCAGGAUGUAGACCUCCCUCGCUUCCAAGGGGAUAUGGAAGGAAAGGAGUGA